AAUGCGAAGAUAUUUUGGUGGGAGCACGUAGACCUUCAUACUGACUCAAAUUUGAAUAGAUUCCUUAUCGAAGGGGCACUCAAGUCGCAGAAAAUGGCGGGCAACGAGGAUCUACACACUCUUUUCAAUUUCUUUGAGAAGGUUUCUAAACCUCCUAAGCAAGCUUCAUAUGAAGAUGGCAUGAAGUAUAUUUUCGAACAUGUGAAGAAACUACCGAGUUUCGUCCUCGGUCAGAUCCACAAGAACCUAGACCAAUCGAACGGUUUGUACAAGUACGUGAACUAUGUCGGUUUCAGCAACGGAGACUUCCAUGUGUUUCAAGGAGGGCGACCCUCAGCAGACUUUAUCAAGGUCAGCACAGAAGGUCUCGGAGGACCUGAGCUACGAGUUUGUUACCCAGGUGGUUACGCGGAAUUAGCGACUUCGGCUGGACAGCCAAUGUGUACGACCCGUGCUAAAGAUGAACAAAACUCUUACUAUCUUCUCGUCACUUUUAAGGAUUCUGACAUCGACGAGGCAAGUUACAGUGCUUUUGAGGCGAACUGGAAGUCAAAGACCGGAGCGGAUAUCAUCCGUGACGCAUUCCCUGCCGGCAUCGUUGGCGGCGACGUCGGCUUCUACAAGAGACUUCGACCCGGACACACUCCGUUGAACUAUGUUCUCCGCUAUGAAAUACUUCCGGGGGCGUCCCGGGAGUCCGUUCUCCAGUUCCUGCCCACCCUUCGGGAGAAACUAACUGCGGGAGGGAUCCCGUUCAGCAACGUUGGUGCCUACAGUAUCUGUUACAUCUGCGACCCAGUCAAAGCCUGAAAUAGAAUGAACCCCUCACGUUCAGACUGUUUUAACCAGCCUCUAAGUUGAUUCAACUAUUAACCUAUUGGUCAAUACCAAAUGUUGGUUAAAAAGAAAUUCCAUGCAAAGUGAAUGGGGAUAAUUUAACCAACAAUAAUUGGUCGGUUCAACCAACUUUGGGCAUUGGUUAACCAAAUUUCUGAAAGAUCUUGGCCUUUAUCUUCAACAAUCACUAUAUGAAUUUUAGAUUGUUGGUACUUAUUUGAUUUUGCAUAAUCAUCUUGUAAAAAAACAUUUGAUAUUUCAAUACUUUCUGAAAUGUUUUUGUUGGUGUAAUAAUCAUUGUAGCACUUUGUUCCCAGAUGAGUCAAGCGCCAAGAGGGGUGGGGCAUGGUCACGGUCAACCCAGAUGAUUUUUUAAGUAUUCAAUUGAUAAUGAUAAUGAUGAUAAUAGGCAUUUAUAUAGCGCCAUCUAUCUAGAAAUAUUCUAUUCCGAGGCGCGUUGUUAUUAUUAUUACCCCGGCUUUAGCUCGAGCUGCCUUUCAGCGCUCAUGCAUUCAAGGAAUCAAUCCUGCCGGGUACCCAUUCACCUCACCUGGGUCGAGUGCAGCACAAUGUGGAUAAAUUUCUUGCUGAAGGAAAUUACGCCAUGGCUGGGAUUCGAACCCACGACCCUCUGUUUUAAAGUCAGAAGACUUAUCCACUGGGCCACAACGCUCCACAAUUUCAGAAAAAAUAUUUUAAAAAGAGGAAAGAAAAGGGGAAAUUAUUUUUUAAAAAUAGCAUGGAUAUAAGAAACCAUAGCUUAGUGGAUCUAGUAAUAUUUCAUGACACAGGCAACUUUAUGUCGUCAUGCCCCCUCCUCCCCCGGCACCCCCCCCCCCCCCCCCCAAUGGAGUCGCUAUUAUGUUUGUGCGCAUUCCUAUCUGCGCAUAUUUUCCUCUAUGCGCGUUGACGUCACAAUUAAGUAAUCGGCUACAGGUACUGUACUAGGUAUCAGCUGAUUUUUGUUUCCAUUCAUGGGCAUUCUUAAGGCAAAUACUGUGUUAUUUUUACGAAGCUAUCAGCUGAAAAUAAUCUAUGGACCAAAUUUGUAAACGCCUCUUCCUCUUCAGAAUAGUAUACCCUGCUGUGCUGCGAAGUAUGACGAACACGACCUCGAGAUUGAUAAAAUGGGAUAGUGGCGUAAAAUUCUCCUUUUUGUAUAGAUUCAAGCCUUUCGACGAGUUUUAUGUGUUUUUAAAAGCACAUUUGCUCCGAUAAGUGCUAAUAGUUUGAAAAUAGGCACAUGAACCCCCAAUGUUUAAUGCUCACAUCUCUUUCGUAUAACUUUCGCUACAACUAAGCAAAAUUUGGUGAAAAUGACAUGGGUUUGAAUAGAGUGCAGCAUUUACUUCUUAAAUUUGUUAAAUAUAAAUUUCGAAAAAAAAAUAUAGAUAGGCCUAUGUAUUUGUCGUCUACAUUCCUUAUUUUCAAAAUUGAUGGUUCUGCUAUUCUUUAAAGAGCAAACGAAUAGCAAUAUGAGUGGAUUCUUUAUCUUCAUUUAGAAUCCACUCACAUGUAAUUCUGAACUAUAAUGGAAAAUUUGAUGAAAUUUAGAUGGAUUUUGAGUGAGGUAUAGAUCAACGUUGUGAUCUCGUGGGGUGUAGAAAUGCAAAAUUAUUUUUAAUACGUAUUUCUCGAGACUUUUCAAAUGGGUGAAAUUCAACGCUCGAUAGCAAAAAAUCAAGCACAUGAACCCAUGUUAAUUUGUGCAUAUUUUGAAUAUUUAAGUGCAAAAGUUUGUGAAAAUGAAAUGGAUUUCGUUUUAAAUGUGAAAUGUCCUUUAGUAAUGCAAUAAAUAGUCAUGUACUUUGUUUAAAAAAAAAUGAGUAACCUGGACUCCUUGGCUCCGUAACACAAAGAUAGCGAUCGAUCGCUAAAUGAAUUGACCAAUCAACAUUAACGUUACACGCGCAUUUGGUUUAAAAUACUGACCAGGGACCAAUCAGUGCGGUUGUUUCAUAUUUGCAAUCCAUCACAAACCUUUGUGUUACGGAGCCCUGGACUUAUUUUUAAUGUACUUCCCUUUGAAUUGAUACUGAAUAAAGGUGAUAAUGAUAUUACAAA